GCGGGUUGAGAGAGGGGAGGCAGUAGGGACAGGCGCGUUGGGGUCUCCCCAGCCAGUCGAGGCUGCGGCGUCACACAGAGCGUACUCGCGGCCACCCGGUUAAAAAAUAUCAGAACCACCGUGCCAGUGACGUGAUCAGUGCUUGCACAUGCGUGUGCUGUGACCGAGUUGAUUAUAGUGGACGAGUGACUUGUGUGUGUGAUUGCGUGCCACUAAGUGAGUUCGGAGCGAGUUUAAGGACGGUGGUUACUCUGCAAUCUCUGAAAUUGCUUUAGAUGUGACCGCAUAGACUUCUGGUCUAACAAAGAAAGAUGUCGACGAAAAAAUCGAUAGUACCCAGAACAAUGGAAAGAAUGAGUGUACACUGAAUUGGACAAGAAAAAAGUAAAAAUGUCGGUUCGAGCUAGCGUGGGUUAAGCAAAAGGAAAAAAUGGCCUUCCAAGGUUUUGCCGGCGAGGUGAUUGGCUUUUUCCUGGCUGUGGCGUUCUGCAUCAUAUGCCCUGAAUAUGUGUCAUCAGCCCAACGUGAGCUCGGCAAGGCACCAGCCAACGCCUCGGCGACGGCCGCCCCGGCCGGCUCCGCGGACAACGCCAUCCGACCUGGGGCAGCCGACCCGCGCCCCACUCCCCGCACCGGCCCGUAUUUUGACCAAGUCGCUUCGAAGAACGUUACUGCUCUGCUCGGCAAGACAGCUUACUUGAAUUGCCGUGUCAAGAACAUAGGAAACAAGACGCUGAACAUGCAAGUGUCCUGGGUGCGCCACAGAGACAUCCACUUGCUGACUGUGGGACGCUACACAUACACCAGCGAUCAGCGAUUUAGAGCCAUUCACCUUCCGCAUUCCGAGGACUGGACCUUGCAGAUUAAAUAUCCCCAGCAUAGAGACUCCGGCAUCUACGAAUGCCAAAUAUCUACAACGCCGCACAUGAGUCAUUUUAUUCAUUUGAAUGUCGUUGAACCUACAACGGAGAUCAUCGGCGGGCCAGACCUGUACAUAGACCGGGGCAGCACAAUAAACUUGACCUGCGUUGUGCUGUAUUCUCCAGAGCCACCUGCUUACAUUUUUUGGAAUCACAAUGACGCGAUCAUCAGCUAUGACUCUCCCCGCGGCGGAGUGUCCGUGGUAACGGAGAAAGGGGAGACAACCACCUCGUUCCUGCUCAUCCAGCAGGCCAGGCCCUCAGACUCGGGCACUUACCAGUGCAAUCCGAGCAAUGCACAAUCCAAGAGUAUCGUUGUGCACGUGCUUAAUGAAGCAAAUUCGAUUUUUCCUUUAUCAGGUGAGUACCCGGCGGCGAUGCAGCGCGGCGGGCAGACCUUCGCGCCCAUGUCUCCGACACACUGCCUCGUUCUGGCCGCUUGCCUCAUCCUUGCGCUCUCCUGACAUAUACCUGCCGACAUUUACAUGUAAAUACAGUUUUACACAGCUUCUAUUUUUAACAUUGACGCUUUCAUAAGCCACAGGAAGGCGGGAAGCAAAUGUUAAUAAAAGAAGUGAGAGCAACUAUUUUCUAUUUAAUAGUGUGGGUUGUGUUUUGUAAAAUAUAAUAUUAAAUCCCUGAGCAAGUAGCUAAGCGCUUGUUUAGUACUGAACUGUAUAUAGUAUCAUAAGUCAUCUGAGUAUUAUUUUUAUAAUUUUACUUUUUCUUCUUAAAAGGAGCUUAGCGUUAAGUUUACUUGACUUCGAUUAUGUUAAACAACUUAAUUUUAAUUUAUACAUUUGUUGCAAACAAAAAAAUCAGAUUUAAAAUAAAUAGAUAAGCAUGUGAUCCUGUUAUUAAAUAGAUUAGAAGCAUUUGGAAGGUAUUUCUUUGAUGGAAACCAAGAAGACAGAAUGUAUAAACAGCUGACAAUACUAUUUAAAAAUGACAGGAAGUGUUAAGAAAAACUGUAAAUAAAAUAACGAGUAAAAUAUACGAAUCAUUACACCUAGCUUUACUAUAUCUGUGGUGAGAAGUGUACUGUACAUUUUAUGUAAGUUUAGCGAAUGUUUUGCUGAUUUCAAUGAUGUUGUAAAUAAUGUUGUAUAGAAAGUAAGUACAAAGGUACCGAAGAUGAUUAUUUGAAUCUUAUUAAUAUAUACGAAUAAAUCGAGACCUGCGGCAUACGAGUAGUCAUCUCGCCGUAACAAAAACAGUAAGAAUAACAUAGUAAUGUAAGCAUAAAUUUAGACAAAAAAUAUAAAUUUUGCAUAAAAAAAUAGUUAGAAAUUAAUUCUCAUUCCAGAUUUCUUGAGUUGUGUUUUUGGAAACAGGAUGUAGUUUCACGGAAAAUUACUAUAAUACCCGCUAUGUUUUCGACAAUUUACCCGUCCUAAUAAUAUUUUCAUUAAUAAUGACCUUGAUCUCAAAUAACUAUUAUAUGUACAUCAGAUACUUAAAUAAUCAAGUGCUUUCGAGACAGAUGCUGUCUUUAAAUUACCGGUUUGUUUGUAUCGUGAAUUUUUAUUUAAGUAACCUUCCAAUUGUAAAUAAUUCUAAUCCCUUGUCCAAUCAAUUUUACAAAGUUUACUAAAAUUUGAGAUAGAUGCGAACUUUGAGUACAUUGAUUAUCGUGGUUUUUCUUGAAUUUUGCUAAUUAAAUAACAGAAUCUCGAAUAAUAUUACCAGUUAUUAUUAUGUCAAAAGUUUAUUGUAUACAGGUAAAUGAUAGUAUUAAAACUUGUUGUAUGUAUUGUAUAAUGAUACUGAACGGUUUUUAACCGUUACAAUAUAAAUUACAUGUGUAAUGAAUAUUAUAAAGACACAAUAAAGUUUAAAAA